AUGGAGUCCGAGAAAGAGCUAUCGCAACCCCCGCGUGAACAACCCGUCAACUCCAUCGAGAAUGACGGUGCGAUCACCCGCGAAACAUGGAAACUGAUGAUGGAUGUGGUCAUGGCAAUCUAUGAUUACCGAGAAGAAGAUGGUCAUGACCCGUCGCGAUUGUUCCAUCGCAGUGUCAACAAGCGCUAUGUUCCCGACUACUACGAUAUCAUCAAGGAGCCGAUGGCCCUGAGUAUUUUGAAAGCGCGCAUCAACAAACGGGAAUAUAAACACUUUUCCGAAUUUGUCCGCGAUUGCGCCUUGAUCCCGCACAAUGCGCAGACGUACAACAGACCUAAGUCACAGGCCUACGAAGAUGCGCUGGUUGUCAAAGAAGUUUUCGCCUCGGAGUUCAGAAAGUUGGCCGCCCAAGGCCUGAUCCCCGCUGAUGAGGCAGAGCUACCCGAUCUUGGAGAGAUCCCAGAGGCUGAUCCGCUGCCCGACGAUGACGAGGAAGAAGAGGAGGAAGAAGAAGAUGAGGAUGACGACUCUGAGGAUGAGGGCCGACGAAGAAAGAAGCCCGGUCCCAAGCCCGGCUUCAAGCGUGGAUUGACUCAAAAGCACGAACCCGACCUUCGCAAGAAACGAGGCCGUCCUCCCCGCGUGGACACGCCUAUGGAAAUCCGCAUCAAGACAAUUCUGAAGGGAAUUCGGAAGUUCAAGGGCGCCGGUGGCCACCUGAAGAUCACACACUUUGAACGCCUCCCCGACAAAGCCGCUUAUCCAGACUACUACAUGGAGACCAAGGAACCCAUCGCCAUCGAUAUUAUCAAGCGCAAGUCCAAGCGCAAGAAGUACAACUCUGUCGACCAUUUCAUGCGCGACCUUGAUCUCAUGUUCGAAAAUGCCAAGGCUUACAACCAGUCCGAAAGUCAGAUCUUCAAGGAUGCGGUUGAUCUGCAAACGGAGUCACGAAAGUUGGCCGAGCAAGAAAAGAAGAAGCCUGAUAGCGAGUUCUUGAUGGAAGAUGGACGCUUCCCACUCCCUGAUGGUAUUCUCCACCGCGGUGAACUGUGGAAGGUUGGCGAUUGGGUUCAUAUCCAAAACCAAAACGAUGUGACCAAGCCCAUUGUUGCACAGAUCUACCGAACCUGGCAGGACUCCGAUGGAGAGAAAUGGAUCAACGCAUGUUGGUAUUACCGUCCUGAGCAGACAGUACAUCACUUCGAGAAGCACUUCUACCCCAACGAGGUUGUGAAGACUGGGCAAUACCGAGACCACCGGAUUGAUGAGAUUGUGGAUCGCUGCUUUGUUAUGUUCUUCACUCGCUACAGCCGUGGUCGCCCAAGAGAUCUCGCACCGGAUAAGGAAAUAUACGUGUGCGAGGCUCGCUACAAUGAGGAGAAACACAAGUUGAAUAAGAUCAAGACAUGGGCCAGCUGUCUGCCAGAUGAAGUGCGAGAGAAAGACUACGAGAUGGAUCUCUUUGAUGUACCGCGCAAGAUCAAGAAAAUCCCUAGUCCGAUCAAGCAUCUUCUGAAAGAGGAUUCCAAGGAGACCGAUGACCUUCCUCGGCCGACCUGGGGAACCGACAAUGCACCCCCUGUUGCCGGCGCUGUUCACCGCCGUCCACGAGAUGAGAAUGAAUCCCCACCACCCGAGCCAACCCCAUCCCCGCCUCCUCCUUCCUUACCCCAGUCUGUAGCACCCCGUCAAUCACUGAGCCAAUCACUCCCCAGAACGGCCAUGAGCCCAGGCAGUGCUGCACUCCAAACACGUACCCCAGCACCCCCAAUCAUCAUACACACCACUCCCGCCCCCAUUCGCCCACCAGGCUUCCACCAAAUGACCCCAUCCCAAGCCUUUACAGCAUCCCUCCAACGCCGCGCAAGCCAACUCGCCACCCCGCAAACACCAGCAGGCGCAUACCAGCCCUCACCACCGGCCCAGCCAUACUCAGCGGCCCAGCCAUCCCCCUACACCGGCUACCCCCAAAACCGCAUGCAAGCCCCGCCAGCCGUGUACAACCCCAACGCACCGCGGCCCGUGGAAGUCUUCCACCUGAGCGAUGCAGCCAACGCCGCCAUCCCAGAAGACAUCCGCGACCAAUUCCACUGCGACGACCACGGCCGCGUGCUCUUCUUCUCCGCGCCGCCGGUGGACUUCAUCCCGCCCUCGAAGCAGAAGCUUGGCCAUUCCCUCAAAUACCUCGCUACCAAGGAAGAGCACCAGAAGAAGGUCGAGGAGCGGAAACGCAAGCUGGCCGAUGAACAGACGGAACGUGAGGACGCUGCGAAGCGCCAGCGCGCUGAGGUGGAGACUGAGCUUACGGGCCGUGCCGAGGCGCUUACUGGUAAGGCGUUUGAGACGUUGGUGCAGCGCGUAGUUACCGGUACGGAUCAGCUCUAUGGAUAUCUCCAUCAAGCUAGGGAUGAUGCUGCUAUGGAUCUUGAUGGAACCCGGGAGCGUUUUGCCGUGGCGGAUCGCCAAGCUAUGGAACAGACGCAGCAGAUUCAGGCUCAGUCUACGAAGGAUGGUUUAGUCAAUCUGAAAGGUACUGCUUUGUACCUGGACGAGGCUUAG